AUGAUAUACGCAGACGUAGGACAGCCAGCGAUGGACGAGGAAGGGCAACCGCGGGCUUUUCAGAUACGCGGACACCUGGUGCACGGCAUACCGCGAGUCGGCGACUCGAACUACGACCCGGCGUGUCCCACAUGCAAUCCGGGCUCGAUCAACGACACGGACACACCGACCACGGUCGUGGUAUCUUCGCCGCCGACGACCGUGACCACCGCGGUGGCCGUCCCGGUCCCAAUUCCGGCGACAAACGACUACAAUUAUAACGGGCCGCUGCAACAUGAAAUCGGCCCAAUGGCUGCUUUACGGCAAAAUGGGGGAAUGUUUGCACGUACUGAUGAGACUUACUCUUUUAGUGGAUUUCUCACCGGUAUUGCUGUUGUGUUCAUAUCAGGUGAGAUGGCCGGAAUAGGAAUGCUCGCCGCUCCAUGGGCAGUAGUUAACCUAGGAUGGAUUGGAUUUAUUUUGUUGAUAACUUAUGGAAUUGCAACAGCUUACAGUGCUUGUUGUCUCGGUACUUGUUGGCUAAUUCUCGAGGAGAGAUAUGCCCAGUACCGUAUCUACCCGAUACCAGAUCCAUAUCCAACAAUUGCGAUGCACGCAGUGGGAAGACGAACUAGCCUUGUAACGAGAGCAUGCAUCACCAUUACACUGUUCGGGUCUGCAACCGUAUACUUAAUGUUGAUAGCCCAGUCAGCCCAGAAAUUGUUUUUGGGCACACAUCCGGAAGUGGAGUUUUCCACUUGGCUAUUUGUUUUUUCCGUGUCCUUGAGUUCACUGAUGUUUUUGGAAUCCCCUAAAGAUUAUUGUAUUCUGGCCACCGGUGCGUUGCUCACGACAAUUACAUCCUGUUACUUCAUCAUAAUGCAAAUGCUCCUGGAUGAACGUAUACAAGAAGGCUCGGCGACUGACUCACAAAAAAGUGUGCCACCCAACCAAUUUUUCUUGUCCUUUGGAACAAUACUUUUCUCUUAUGGGGGAGCGGCAUCAUUCCCAGUGAUAAAUUUUCAGAUGUUCAAACGUGACGAGUUUUCGCACAGCGUGGUAACCGCGUUUGUCAUUUUGACUAUUCUGUUCGGGGCAGUGGUUGUUGGAGGAUACAUGGUAUAUGGUCAUACAAUUAAUCCAAACAUUCUCAUGUCCCUCGGUGACUCGUGGCUAUCGUACUCAGCACUUAUUUUGAUGGCGGCACAUUUAGUUUUAGGAUUCGUCAUCAUGGCUAAACCGGUGACUGAACAAGCUGAAUCGUUCUUUACCUCAACACAAGGGUUUGGUUUUCAACGGUUCUUCGUCCGCAUAUGCCUUUUACUUGCCAUGAUAUUUGUGGGCGAGUGCAUGCCCAACUUCACUAACUUAGUUGCUCUGAUCGGAUGUUCAACUGUAAUACUUGCCACCUUUGUACUGCCGUCGGUUUUCUACUUGAGGUUGUGUGCACAGCAAAGCGCCACUUGGCCUGACAGGAGCCUGCCGUGGAAAUCCAAAUUGUACAUGUAUACAAUUAUUAUUCUUGGACUUUCCAGUGGUUUAGGAGCUAUGCUUACAGCUCUUUCUGAAUUAUUCGACCUGCGAUCUCUCAUUCCUCAUUAUUAUUACUAUUAUUUCUAUGACUUAGACGAUCCUAGUCUAAGCUAA